GGCGUGGACCGGGCGUGAGGCGUACUUCGCGACCUCUCAAACGCAUGCGCCACAAAGUCAGGGUUGGUUUCAGUGCAGGGUCAGAGGGAACAGCUGCUGUCACUUCAGAAGCCUGGUUGUCCAUCCAGCAUCAUGGGAAAGAAGAGUCGGGUGAAGACUCAGAAGUCAGGCUCAGGAGCCAUGGCUGUGGUUUCCCCCAAGGAGAUGAUGAGCCUGAUUGCUGAACUGUUGCAGAAAUGCAGCAGUGCAGCAGCCUCUGCUGGUAAAGAGUGGGAGGAGUACCUCCAAAUAAGAGGCUUGGUGGAAAGAAUCCGCAAAAAGCAAAAAGGCAUGUCCAUUGUGUUUGAGGGCAGCAGGGAGGACCACUUCCCUGACCUGAUGUCUUGGGCUAAGGAGAAUGGGGCCUCCUGUGAGUGCUUCACUGUGGCCAACUUUGGGAAGGAAGGCUAUGGCCUGAGGGCCACCAGAGACAUCAAGGCAGAGGAACUAUUCCUGUGGAUUCCCAGGAAGAUGCUGAUGACAGUGGAGUCGGCACAGAACUCUAUACUGGCUCCUUUGUAUAGCCAGGAUCGGAUCCUGCAGGCCAUGGGGAAUGUGACGCUGGCCCUCCACCUGCUAUGUGAGCGAGCCAACCCUGCUUCCUUCUGGCUGCCGUACAUCCGCAGUCUUCCUCAGGAAUAUGACAUACCUCUGUACUACCAGCAAGAGGAUGUGCAGCUCCUACUGGGCACACAGGCGGUGCAGGAUGUCCUCAGCCAGUAUAAAAACACUGCACGCCAGUAUGCUUACUUCUACAAACUGGUCCAGAUCACCACCGGAUACAACCUCGAGGAUGAUCGCUGCGAAUGUGUGGCCCUGCAGGACUAUAAGGAGAACGAACAGAUCUACAUCUUUUAUGGCACACGAUCCAAUGCCGAGUUUGUGAUCCACAAUGGCUUCUUCUUCCAAGACAACGCCCACGACCGGGUGAAGAUCAAGCUUGGUGUUAGUAAAAGCGAACGCCUUUACGCCAUGAAGGCUGAAGUUCUGGCGAGAGCCGGCAUCCCAGCCUCCUACGUUUUUGCCCUCCACUGCAAUGAACCCCCAAUUUCAGCCCAGCUCCUCGCCUUCCUAAGAGUGUUCUGCAUGACGGAGGAUGAACUAAAGUACUACCUGCUCGGAGAGCGUGCCAUCAAUAAGAUCUUCACCCUGGGCAACAGCGAGUUCCCUGUGAGCUGGGAGAACGAGAUCAAGUUGUGGACAUUCCUCGAGACUCGGGCUGCUCUUCUACUCAAGACAUACAAGACCACGUCAGAGGAGGACCGCUCCAUGCUGGAGAAGCCUGAUCUGUCUCUUCAUUCCCGCAUGGCGAUCCAACUGCGCCUGGCGGAGAAGCAGAUCCUAGAGAAGGCGCUGGCUUGUGGCCGAGCCAAACGUCUGUGUUUCCAGAAAAAGCUGGAGGAGGGGGCGUCGCUGCCUUGUUAUGAGGAGAGCGAUAUCGCUUUGCUGGAGAAUACUGAAGCGGAUGCUAAACUUCCAGUUAUCCUGCGUAAGGUGGAGGAAGGCCAGGAGAUCCAGGUGGAUGAGGAUAGUCCUCUGCUGAAUGGGAUGAAGGUGGUGUACGGGACUAAUGCAGAGGAUGGAGAACGAGAUCAGGACGAUGAUGUCAGCACAGAUGUUGACUCUGCUUUGGCCUCGAUGGGAAGUUCGAGCCAAAGGGAAGAAGCGAACCUAAGUGCCAGUCGAACUGAAGACGAAGCCAAAGAGAACUCUGUUUAAAUGAUUCCAGUUACUGCCACACUCCACGCUGUUUAUUUAUUUUUGUGUCUCUUCAAGGACUCAGAAAAAUAGCUGAAAAAAGAAAUUGAAUUAAAAGUCAUGGAACUUCUGUGUGUGUUCAUCUAGUGUGGCUUUGUUAGUGCUCGACGGCCUUCCAGGCUUCUAUGCAGGAGAUAUUUUUAUUACACUGGAGUUUUAGUUACCUUUGAAACACAGGUGUAAACUGAAAGUGCGAACACACCUCGAGGCCACUGCUGAUUCGGCACCGUUUAAAAUCGAACAGGUUCUAGAAAAGGAGGAAAAGGUUUUAGCUGAAUAUCUCUGCAAAGCCCAAAUCUCCCUGUGAUGAAUGUGUUGGUUUGUGUGUGCACCACUCUGUCCGCAGAGUGCUCUGCAGCUGAGUCACAGCUGUUCACAAUAACACGCUCAGUUUUGCAUUGGAAUAUUAUUUAGCAUUUUAAGAAGUAACUAAGUAAUCUGUAGCUGCACUGAUUAGGAGUAGUUGUGGCCACAGUGAGACUACACGAUGAAGCCGUACAGCAGCAGCGACUCGGCGAGACGGAGGGAACGCCUUCGGAAGCUUUUUCUUCACCCGCCUUAAAAAUGUGCUCGUCCAAUCACUGACAUGUGACGCGUGGAAACGAAGAAGUGUGUCGUCCUCUAGGUCGGCAUUGAUUGAAGGAGUGGCCUCAGUAACUGUGUCUGCGCUGGUCACGACUGGAAGCCUGACAGGCCUGCAGUGUAACAGUGUGGACGUCGGGGCUUACCCCACCGGUGAUCUCAAGCUGACUGAACGUGCAGCUCUGCAGAUCUUACAGGAUGCAGACCGAGGCCUCAGAACCUGUUUGACUGAAUCGUUCUGGAUAAACGCUGCACCAAAGAUGUUGGACGUUACCUAGGAACUUCUUUGCAUCAAGCUCUGGCAAUUGUAUCUUAUUUUCAACAUGUCUUCCUCAUUUCUUGGUUCCUAUUAAAAAUUAAAGCACAGACAGUU